CUAUCUAAAUAUAGAAAGUCGAUGGGUUCCUCAGAAGGUCUCAAGAGUCUCAAACAUAUCAACACCACAACCACCAAAGAUGAUCCAAGAUUUAAGGAAGAGGACCAACCUUUGAGCCCUAUGGCUCGGUUGUUCCAUGAACCUGGUUCCAAUGUCUAUAUCGUAUCCAUGAUGGGUUGCAAAACCAAGAUCAACCCCGAUGUUAUCAAGCAAAAUUUGGUUCAUUCUCUAGUCCGCCAUCCUCGAUUCUCAAGUUUGCAGGUUACCGAUAAAGAAACUGGAAACAUCAAAUGGGUACCAACAAAUGUUAACAUCGACAACCAUGUUAUAGUCCCAGAAAUCGAUCCAAACAUCGAGUCUGCCGACAAGUUUGUCGAAGACUAUAUAUCAAACCUCAGCAGAUCUUCAAUCGACAGGUCUCAACCUUUAUGGGAUCUCCAUCUUCUUAAUAACAUCAAGACAACUGAUGCUGAAGGAACCGGAGUUUUUCGUUUCCACCAUUCUUUAGGCGACGGUAUGUCUUUAAUGACGCUUUUGCUCGCCUGUACACGCCAAGCGGCCGAUACUGACGCUUUACCGACACUUCCUAUGAACAAAGACUCAGCUUACAUUAAAGUUACUAGUGUUUGGUCGGUUUUGGUAAUGCUUUGGAACUCCUUUGUAGCAAUGAUGAUGUUUGUUUGCACUGGGUUGUUUCUUAAAGACACCGAAACGCCACUAAAAGGGUCCGCAGGUGUCGAGAAUAGACCGAGGCGGUUUGUUCGCAAGAGUGUCAGCUUAGCAGACGUUAAGGCGGUGAAGAACGCUAUGAAUGUGACGUUGAACGACGUCGUACUUGGAGUCACUCAAGCAGGUCUAUCGCGUUACUUGAAUUAUAGAUACGGUGAAAUCAACCGUAUCGGUAGAGGUGAUCAUCAUGAUAAAAAAGACUUCAUUCCCAAAGGCGUUCGACUUCGUGCUACAUUCUUUUUCAAUCUAAGAGCAACCACCAGGAUCGAUACUUUGGUCGAAUCAAUGAAAAGCGGAACUUUGGGUCGAUGGGGCAACCAGAUAGGUUACGUGCUUCUCCCUUUUGCAAUUGGACUCAAGCGCAACCCGUUAGACUAUGUGAAAGAAGCCAAGGCAGUCAUAGAUAAAAAGAAAGUCUCACUGGAACCUUUGUUCGCUUAUUUCGUUGCUAGCCUGGUUCUCAAGUUGUUCGGGAUUAAGGCUGUAGGGAAACUGAACCACAAAGUGUUCUUUAAUACAACCUUGUGGUUUAGCAAUGUGCCUGGACCGGAACAAGAAGUCACAUUUUAUGGGCAAGACAUAACUUAUAUUGCUCCUAGUUGCUAUGGACAACCUAAUGCGUUGAUGAUUCAUAUAGUGAGUUAUAUGGAUAAAUUGACAUUUGUAAUAUCGGCUGACGAAGAAACAAUACCAGAUCCUCAUAGGUUGGGCGAUGAUCUUGUCGAAUCCCUUCAAUUAAUAAAGGCUUCUGCUUUAGCAAAAGAGAGUACCAAAGACAAGUAAUCAAAGGAAGAAAAUAUAGAGAUGAUGUUGUUUUGAUAACAUCAUUAACGUGCCAUCGUUGAAAUUGUAACACGGUUUUAAUUAAUAUUUUGUUUGUUAUAUUAUAGUGAUGUGUGGUGAUGAGUACACCGUCACAUGUUAUAUCCAACUAGGCUUCAUUGUUGUAUUGUAUCAUUGUCUAAAUAAGAUAUUUCCUUUUAUCCUU